CUUCUCGCAGACAUUGGGAUCGAGCAGGCAGCAGACACCAUGGAGCCCCCCUCAGCCCCUGCCCGCAGAGGGCGCGUCCCCUGGCAGGGUCUCCUCUUGGCCGUCUCACUCUUAACCUUCUGGAGCCCGCUCACCACUGCCCAACUCGCUCUUGAAUUCAUGCCGUCCAAUGCUGCUGAAUGGGAGGAUGUGCUUUUCCUUGCUCACAAUCUGCCUGAGGAUCUUGCAGGCUAUGCCUGGUUCAAAGGGGGAAGAGUGGACAGCAAACGUCAAAUUGCAUCCUAUAAGAUAGACACUGGAGUAAAUAACCCUGGGCCAGCAUACAGCGGACGAGAGACAAUAUACCCCAAUGGAUCCCUGCUGUUCCAGAAGGUCACCCUGGAGGACACAGGAUACUACACUCUACAAGCCAUAAAGACAAAUUUUCACAACGAAGAAGUAACUGGACAGCUCCGUGUAUACCCGGAGUUACCCGAACCCAACGUUACAAGCAACACCUCGGACCCCGUGGAGCACAAGGGCCCUGUAGUGUUCACGUGUGAACCUGAGAUUCAGGACGCCACCUACCUGUGGUUGAUCAACAGUCAGAGCGUCCAGAACAGUACCAGGCUGGAGCUGUCCAAGGACAAUAGGACCCUCACAUUACUCAAUGUCACAAGGAAUGACACAGGACCCUAUGAGUGUGACAUCCGGAACCCAGUGAGUGCCAGCCUCAGUGACCCAUUCUACCUGAAUGUUCUCUAUGGCCCGGAGGCCCCCACCAUUUCCCCCUCAGACACCCAUUACCGUUCCGGGGCAAACCUCAAUCUCUCCUGCCACGCAGCCUCUAACCCGCCCGCACAGUAUUCUUGGCUUAUCAAUGGGAGGCCCAAGCAAUCCACACAGGAGGUCACUAUCCCCAACAUCACUCCGAAUGAUAGUGGAUCCUAUACCUGCGUUGUCCAUAACUCUGUCACUCGCCUCAAUGGGACCGCAGUCAGAACUAUCACAGUUUCUGAUGAAUCCUCUAUUCCUGGAAAAGGACGUUCUGGCCUCUCGGAUGGGGCUAUUGCUGGCAUCGUGAUUGGAGUCCUGGCCGGGAUAGCUCUGAUAGCAGCCCUCGUGUACUUUCUGUGUAUGAUAAAGAGUGGAGGGGUAAGCGACCAGCGCGAUCUCACAGACCACAAACCCUCAGCCUCCAGUCACAGUCCGGGUCAUUCUGACAUCUCACCUAACAAGAUCGAUGAAGUUGCGUAUUCGUCCCUGAACUUCAGUGCCCAGGAAUCAAACAAACCAACUUCAGCUUCCCCAUCUUCAACAGCCACAGAAACGGUUUAAUCAGAACUAAAAAAGUAAUGCAACCUGCCCUGCUCGCUGCACUGC